AUGAGUCUCGUAAGCCCCGUGCGGUGUCUCUUCUGCACUUUAUCUCGAGCUCCUGUCACAUCCAUCCCUCAACGACAAUUUCACCAAUCCGUUUCCCGAUUUGCAAAGAAGAGAAAACCUAUCCUUUCUGUCACGCCUCCGAAGAAGCUUAAACCGGAACAGUUUAAUCCAUACACAGAAGAUGCGAAGAAGCGCCUUGCGGAGGAAUACACCCCGGAACAGAUUGCCGCGAUUGAAGCCGGUGAAAAAAGCAUUGAUCCUCGAGAUAUGGCCAGUCAAUUUGCCCAACGAGAUGACCUAUGGGCUUUCAAAUAUCUGGAUGAUUUCUCUACCGUCGAGCCCGUCGUCGACCACCAUAUCCGCAAACCAAUAACCAAGAGCCUCCCUAUCCCUCGCAUGAAAACCGAGCAGGAAUUGAUGACGGAGGUUGCCAACUACCUAGAGCAGAUGAGCGAGGAAGAUGCCGAACAUCACCCUGAGAAAAUCUUCGAGUUCAUGAACGAGAUGGAUCUUGUGAAAGAUCCAGUUGACGAAGCCUCCUCUUUGGCCCCGGAUAUUACACAGCCAUACGAGACCAUCGAUAACAUAGGCGAAGGCCCAAACCUACAGCUCAGAAGAGAAGAUCUAAAGCGACAGGCGCGAGAUCCAAAUAUUUUAGAAACAGAAGAUCCUGAUAUGCAGAUGAAUUAUGAGAAAGUUUCCCUUGCAACAGGUUGGCCCGUAAACAUGCUUAGGGGUUUGCACGUGAAAGCCUUGGUCAAGCGAUCUGUUGCCAACCAGACUCGCCUGGGCAAGAUUCGCCAAUGGUCUCUUCUCUCCGUUGCAGGAAAUGGCAGAGGCUUGUUAGGUAUCGGUGAGGGAAAAUCCCGUGAAUUUGGAGAUGCAAUGAUGCAGGCUCACGCUCGGGCUAUCCGAAAUAUGCGCCCUGUCUUGCGAUACGAAGACAGGACCAUUUAUGGAGAUGUACGUGGUAAAGUAGGCGCUACGGAAUUGCAACUGAUGCACCGCCCACCAGGUUUUGGUCUCCGUUGCCAACACAAUAUCUGGGAAAUGUGUCGUGCAGUUGGUAUCCGCGAUUUGGCUGCGAGAGUCACCCGAUCCCGAAACAAGAUGAACACUGUCAAAGCUGCGUACGAGGCCCUAAUGAGCCAAAAGGAUCCAGAAGAUAUUGCUCGUGCCAGGGGCAUUAAGUUGGUUGAUGUAAGAAGGGUAUAUUACGCCGGAGCUCAGUGA